AUGGCGACGGCGAUUGUGAGUGAAGGCGAUGGCGACGGCGACGGCUCGAACCCUAACGGAGGCGACAGAUUCUACCCUAACGGAGAAGGUAGUCCAAAUCAAAGCGGGGAAGACGAGAACCCUCUCUGCAAUGCUUUCGUCGCAUCGGAAGCGGAUCUGGGGAAGGAAAAGGCUACGGAGAAGUUGAUGGCCUUGAUUACAAGGGUGCCGACUGAAGGAGUAGAUGAGACUGCUUUGGAGAGUGGAAAGCAGACAACUUUCGAAGUUGGAGAGACCAGUGGAGGAAGGAAGGCUGUCACCGCUUGGGCAAAGAAGAAGAGUAAAGCAAGCGAGACAGAAGCGGCGAUUACUGUCGUCGAUGGUGUGGCUAACAUGGAUAUCCCGGAGGAGAUCUUUGAUGAGGCAGAACUUUUGUGGAAAAGCUUUGUGGUAGGUCACUUUAUUGGUGAUGCGCCACACAUAGGGUCAAUCCACGCGACGGUAAACAGAAUCUGGUCGUCUUCCAAAGCGGGGUCAAAGAUUGAUGUGCAGUUCAUUGAGAAGAACACGGUCUUAUUCCGUAUUGAGGACAACCAGAUGAGAGCUCGGGUAUUGCAGAGGAAGCAUUGGAACAUCACAGAUAUCCCUCUAGUGGUGAAUGUUUGGUCACCUGAGUCAGCUAUGAACCCGCCAGAUCUCUCUGCGAUGCCCCUGUGGGUAGAUCUGAAGGGUGUUCCUAACAACCUCUACUCGCACAAAGGAUUGAGGUGUCUAUCCAAGGCUGUAGGCAAGUUUGUUAGGCUCCAUCCAAGCACAGAGAAGUGUGUCAGACUAGAUGUAGCUAGAGUCCAUGUGGAAGUUGACUUGCAGCAGCCAAUGGUGGAGAGGAUAGCUUUCAGUGAUAGUAAGGGUGAAAAGCGAGAAGUUGAGGUCAAUUUUCCUUGGGUUCCUCCUCGUUGCAGUAUCUGUUGUCGAUGGGGACACAAAGGAAAGGAUUGUACUAGCAAGGAGGUUAUAAUUAUGAAGAAGCAAUCAGAAGUGAAGGAUGCAGAUGUUUAUGCUAAUGCGCCAGAACCUAGGAGCUCAAGAGCAAUAGGACAUGAGAUAGAGGAUCUGAUACUAGACCUGGAAGCUCUCAAGCCUGGUUCUGUUGUAGGGAAACCACUGUGCGUUAUUGAACCCACUACUGAAGCACUACGCAGUGUUGAAGCAGGAAAGUGGGAAACAAACCAUGGGAAGAAGCAUGGAGCAGGGGCCAAUGGAGCACAAAACACGAAGUCUGGGGGUAUAGAGGAGGACUGUAAGGAUGGAGAGGAUUUUCAGGUGUCUGGAAAGGAAAUGGAAGAGGGGGAGAUUUACGAAAGUAUGAAUGAUGGGAAGAAAGGUCAGCGAGCGUCUGCAUCUAACAGUGGAAAGCGUGUCGCCACUGCAUCCUUCUCGAGGCAGGUGAUGGGGAAAUCAGUCCGUGCAAAAGACCUGAUGUUAGCUGGUAAGCAGGGUACCACAAAGAAAGCUUCCGAGAUCAAUCACAGACGGUGUAUGAUUGCAGCUAUGCCAAAUUGGCAGGCGCUUACAAACUAUGAAUAUCAUCAUCUGGGGAGAAUUUGGGUUUGCUGGACAGAUAAUGUAGUGGUGACGAAGCUACACAUGAGUGCACAGGUCAUCAUCUGCGCUAUUCAGGUUCCAAGCACUGGGGAGCAGUUCAUAUGCUCGGCUGUCUAUGCAUUCAACACAGCAGCAGAGAGAGUUCAGUUAUGGCAGGAUUUGAGAGGAACUAGGGCUGCCUAUGACCACUUGAACUUGCCUUGGAUCAUAAUUGGAGAUUUCAACGAGACUCUAGCUUCAAGUGAACACUCGCGUGCGCUAGAUUAUCGUCGGGAUCAACUUGGUAUGAGGCACUUCCAAGAAGCUAUUACAGAGUGUGAAGUGAUGGAUCUUCCAUAUACUGGAGCUAUGUUCACAUGGUGGAAUAAGAGAGAGGAAGACCCCAUCGGAAAGAAACUUGACCGAGCGUUGGUUAAUAGAGAAUGGCUGCAGCAGUACCCUCAGUCCUCAGCUCAUUUCGGCGCCGGUGGAGUAUCGGAUCAUGCAAGGUGCUUGGUUCGCACAUCAGGCUCUUCUAAUGAAGUAAGAAAACCAUUCAGGUUUUUUAACUACUUGACUGAGCAUCAAGAUUUCUUACCGAUCGUCAAAGCGGUAUGGGAGUCUACGGAGGUACUUCACCACUCUCGAUCAGCUCUAUCUAGAUUCCAUGGGAAGUUGAAGCUUCUUAAACAACCGCUGUGA